AUGACUUCACCAACAACUCCAUCUAGUGGUUCUAUUUCUGAAAACAUUAAUACGAUUGCUACUAGUACAAAAUCUAAGAAGGAAUGGUUAGAUAAUGCGAUAAGAGAAAAAUUUAUAAAGACCGUACCAUAUUCUGAGUUCCAAAGGGUGAGGCCGGCUGGUCGAGGUGGAUUCGCAGAAAUCUACCAAGGGUACUGGCCAAGUGGAUCACGCGAUGUAGCAUUAAAGAGCUUGUUCGCUCAACCAGACAAUGAGCAGAGUUCUUGGGAUUCAUUUGUUCGCGAGUUAAAACUGGUUCAAUCAGUCAAUCAUAAUGAUAAUAUCAUAAGAUUUUUUGGAAUAAGUUCCGACGAAGAAAAUCAAAGAUACUUUCUAGUAAUGGAAUUUGCGAAUAAUGGAAAUUUGCUACAAUAUCUCCAAAAAAAUCAUAAUAAUCUUACAUGGCCUGAUCGUAUUCGAAUGGCUAGAGAAAUCGCGAGUGGUCUUAACUGUAUUCACCAUGAAAAUCAUUGCAAGAAUGUGCUUGUUCAUAAUGGGCAUAUGAAAAUUGCAGACUAUGGUCUUGGAAAAGAUCUGGAAGAUUCAGCAUGCGACUCGAUACAUGGUGGCAUAGUGCCAUAUACGGAACCAAAAUAUUUAAAUGAUAAAAAAUUUCAGCGAAAUAAACCUUCGGAUAUAUACGCAUAUGGAGUUCUUCUCUGGCAUAUUUCGAGCGGAUAUUAUCCAUUUUCUCAGGAGUCAAUCAAGAAAGUUGAUUUACAAGUUGAUAUCAUAAAGGGUAAACGAGAACAAGUUAUUUCCGGAACCCCAGGACAAUAUGAAGACCUUUAUAAACGAUGUUGGGCGCCAGAACCAGAGGAUCGGCCGACAAUAGAAGAAAUAAUGGAAAUUUUAAAUUCGAAUUUUUGUGAAGAAAAUACACUAAAGGAUACUAAACUUGUUAUUCCCAAUUCGAUACAAUCGAGUGUUAAUACAGGAUGCUUUCAUACAGGGCGAUCUUAUAUUUUGAGUAAGGAUUUAUUAUGUGAAUCUCCUGAUAUUAUAUCAUAUCCCGGGGUAAAUCAAAAUGUGGAAAAUAUGGAAAAUAACUGUAAAAUGAUAUGUUCCCAAUAUAAACAAGCUCUCAAGAGGUCGACCACACCAACUGCAUGCAGUCCAAUUUAUCAUUGUGCUCUUGGAGAUGUAGAAGGUUUAAAAUGGCACCUAACCAAUAGUCCAAAUGCAGGACAGCGUAUUUUAAUUGCCACAGCGGCUCAAUACUGCCCUCCUUCACAAAUUGUUCCCGUGUUCGAAACGUUGUUGGAAUUUGGAAUCGAAAUAAAUUCUCAAUUAGAUGACAAAGGUCAUACGGCUUUUCAUUGGUUAUCAGAAAAUAUUCGACUUUUGGAAAGUUCAAAUGGAAGAACAAGCAAUUCCCCGCAAAACGAAACGAAUUAUUUUAACGAGGCAACAAAAUGGCUAAUUGAUAGAAAAUUAGACAUAAAUGCGAAAAAUAUUUUUGGACGGACAGCCUUAUCGUGGCUCGUAGAGAAACAACAACCGCAAGCUGUCAAAAUCAUGCUUCAAUAUAAAGUCGAUCCAAAUAUAGCUGACGAAAAUGGAAGCACCCCACUCUAUAGGGUAUUAAAUUAUGAAUACAAGGUUAAUAACGAAAGAUUUAACAAGAAAAAUCGCGAGGUAGUGCGAUUACUUUUGGAGAAUGGAGCUAAAACGAAUAUUCCUAUUAAUCCCGAACAGCCAACUUCAACGAGAAGUUUUCCGAAUUCAUUAUUUCUUGCGAUAUUUCGAGGUUGGCCAAAUGAUAUACUUCAACUACUCAUUGAACAUGGAGCGAGCGCACACGAUACAAAGAAUGGACAGAAUGCUCUUUUCUACGCAAUUUCAAACAGACGUGCCCAAGCGACGCAAUUUCUCAUGGAUAACAUCGGAGUUUUUCAAUCGCCUGAGAUUAUAAAAGAAGCCAUGAGCAUGAGAGAAUCAAUGGAUAUGUCAGACAUAAGAAAUAUUUUUAAGAAAUGGAGACGCAACUCCCGCGCCGAAAGUUUCUCUAGGCAUUCAGAAGAAAAUAUAGACUAA